AUGUCCAAAUCAAAGAAACAGAAGCUGAAAGUGAAAGAUUUUCAGAAGAAGAAGCUAAAGGUGGGCAAAGCCAAACCGAAGCCUAGCAACGUUACAGACACAUCAUUCGUUUCCAAGACCAUAUCUAUCAGAAGUCAGCAUCUUGCGCACGAUGAUGAUUUAUCGAAGAGGCUACCGCUGCUGAAGCAUCACAAUUCGACAGUGAGAAGAGAGACUUUGCAGACUUUCCAUAAAAUGAUACCGAAGAUCAUCAAUACUAGACUAAUGACACCGUUGCUCAAUCAAAGUAUUCCCCUUAUAUGCGAUGACUCGAGACAGAUUCGAACAUCUCUUAUGGAACUUAUUGAAGAGAUUGGAGUGCGUGAUUCGCAGGUGUUGAAGCUUCAUUGCAAGGUGUUCAUCUUGUACCUGAACAUGGCAAUGACCCACAUUAUGCCUUCGAUCCAGACGGACUCGACCAAGUUUCUGAAAGUUUUGCUGAGGUUCUGCGGCCCUGAGGUGUGCAGUCAGUCUUUUACCAAGAUGCUCUUGGGCUCAUUCAGCAUCCUAGGAUGGUCUCGGUCGACUAAGAAUCAAAGUGCUAACGUUGUUCACGACAGCAAGCGGGACUCGAGGCAGAUUGCCGCUCAUUUAGAGGCGUUAAGUGAACUGAUAAAGCACGGUUGCACUGAGGAAGCGGUAGACCAGGACCUAGAGGGCGGCGCUGAAAUGUCAAACAUUCAGCCAAACCAAUAUCUCAUUCCCGAAUGCCCGCAACCCUAUGAGCACCUGAAACUGUUCACAAGACAGCUGCAGAACAAGCAAGAGCAGUCUAACGCCGAUUCUGCAAUAUCAGGGUUUUCGAGUCAGGAUGUCAGAGCUCGCCAGACAAUUGUAAAGGAACAGUUUCUGGAGGACAUGAGGAAGCAUUGCGAUUCACUCAUCAAAGAUGGUGGUGAGCCUGGUAAGUGGGCUAACACAUUAAAUCAGCUACUGGAAGCAACUUUUAAAGAAAUGUAA